AUGUCACACACAAAUCGUUUGAGGCGGCGCAGACCAAGAUUCUCCGCAGUCCACGUGGUGGCCGCAAUGACACUACUAGCUCUUUCGCUCCGUGCAUCCAGCAUCGCGGCGGACACGACACCCUCGCUCCACCAGCCGCAGGCCAUUCAUCUGCCGAGCGCUGAGCUGACAGCAGUCAGUGAUGCAUCCACUUCGCUCCAAAAAGGUGCCACAGGUCAACUGGGUCAGCGUUUGGUCGCGCCAGCGCAGCAAAACGCACCUGAUUCUCUCGGUCGCCGUAAGCAUGUUACCUUUCAGGACCUUGAUCAGCUGCAAGGAUCACCCGAUCUCGAACGCUCACGGCCUCUGGCCCCCAAUCUGGAUCGUCUGAACCUCAAAUCCUCCGCCACUCUCGAGUCCGAAAAUGUACUUGCGUAUGAGCUGGAAUCUGCUGUGCACGACACAGAUCCAGAUGCACAUGUCCCUUCCUUGCCCGAUGCUCAAUUGUUUCCAGUCUCAGACCCUCGAGAGUACAAAGCCAGACAUACGACAGGCCGUGCAAGAGUGGCCUACAACCAGGAUCUUGUAGGCAAAGAUCUUGUCGGCAAACAAACAGGCAAUGGCUACGUCUUUAGUCGUCACGCUGGUGCGGAUCUCUCAAUAUCGGACGCUGGCGCAGCGCUGGUCAAUCUUUUUACACGACGCGACUCGCCCGUCAGUCGUCCACCGUUGGUUCCCAACUCCAAUUCAAGGUUACUGAUCGGCCUCGUCAUCGUCUGCAUCAUUGCUGUGGGAAUCAUCACGAUCGCCGUCGAGGAAAUUUGGAGGCGGCAGCAAGCUGGCGUGCAACCUCGUUCGCCGCUGAGAAGAAGAUCAGGAGACGGACGUUCGGCGCGAACGCUGCAUCGCAACGAUGGCAGCUACAGCUCGCUACACACGAGUGCGUUGACCAUCCCUUCGCUCGAAGAGGAGGAAGAGCGUAUCAAGACUCCACCGACAUUGUCACGUCGCAGCAGUGCAGCAGCAACAACCUCGUCGACGCUAUAUUCACUCAACGGCGGUUCCGAGUCGGAUGACGACGAGGUGGAACGCAAGUCACCCAAUGAUCUGCACUAUCUUUCGCUUCCGUUCGGCAUUGGCAUCGGUUACAGCUAUGCCAACAUUGCCGAUGGCGGAGACGCACGAACACGCAUCUCGAGGUUGGCAGCCAAGCGCUCACGCAGUCGUUACGGCUCUACGCUGGCGCUUUCGACGGGUGCGCUGCCUAUUGCAGGUACCAGUGGAGUCAGUAGUGCAGAUGGGCUACGGUCGCGAUCACGCUCGUUCAAAGAGCUGUGUCGCGACGCCUUCAGCACUACCACAUCUCGUGAUAUCAGCAUGAUCUCGGAAGAGGAGGACGAAGCCGAAAUGUCGAUGGCUUCGACGCCGCGAUGGGGCUCGAGUCUGGUCUCGCUCGACCUGACAAGCUCGGAGAGGGGCAGUGGCACGGUGACUCCGACAGGGCCGAGUUCAGCAGGCAUGCCCUCGUCCUCAGCAUCCAGCAUUGCGCUCGAGGACUUGACAUGUCACGGUGCGUCUGCUCAGUCGGCCAAAGGACGCUACUUUGGUGUGGAAAGCGGCGCUGCAGAUUGCAGCCACACGCUGAUCGACCUUGGUCUCGGAACACCCGAGUUGGCUGUUUCGGAUCCGGAUGGGAUUACGCGACCUGCAUCGACACCCGGUGUGAUGCCUUCUCAGAUUGCGCGUCAUCCGCAAGUGGAGCAGCUGCGUCGUGAAGGCCGAUCUGAGACAGGCAAGCGUGUGGGAAAAGGUACUCCUACCAACGCUAAGCUUCACUAG